UUCAGCCCCAUGAGACUGAGAGUCCACACCGUGUUGGCCUCUACCCUGGUGUAUUUCAUCCAGCUUCCUUGGGCAAGAUGUGAGGAGAACUGUGUCAGUCCUGAACAUUGCCUGACCACAGAUUGGGUACAUCUCUGGUAUAUAUGGUUGCUGGUGGUCAUCGGCGCCCUGCUCCUCCUGUGCGGCCUGACUUCUGUGUGCUUCCGCUGCUGCCUGAGUCGCCAGCAGAAUGGGGAAGAUGAGGGCCGGCCGCCUUACGAAGUGACCGUCAUCGCUUUCGAUCAUGAUAGCACUCUGCAGAGCACCAUCACCUCGAUGCAGUCAGUGUUUGGCCCCGCGGCUCGGAGAAUCCUGGCGGUGGCCCACUCCCACAGCCCCCUGGGCCAGCUGCCCUCCUCCGUGGACACCCUCCCCGGGUAUGAGGAAGCUCUCCACAUGAAUCGCUUCACGGUUGCCAGGUGUGGGCCGAAAGCACCUGACCUACCCUCAGUGCCAGAAGAAAAGCAGCUGCCUCCAAUGGAGAAGGUGUCUCCUCAAGGAGACCACGCUUCGAAUUGAUGGGAACUUCGGUUUUAGAAACGGGGUGGGGGUAUCCGCAGAGUCGGUAAAGAUGGACACACGGAACAUUUUGGCUACCUUUCAGAAGAUUUAGGAUGAAUCUAAACAUCAUCUAGUGGAAAACAUGGACUCCAACUCUUCAUUUCCAGCCACAUGUAUUUUCUGAUAUGAAAUGCUCUAAUUGAGAACUCUCAUUAUUUAUCCAAUACCAAAAUUUGCAACUAACCUCUAGCAACAUUUCAAAGAUUUCUUGAACUCCUUCAACU